AUGUUAUUCUUGAUUCUUCUUUGUGCGUCUACAUAUGUCUAUUCAUCAACAGGAGAUACUACCAUGGAAACCAAACAUAUUGGUCAUAUAGUAUUAAUAACAUCACCUUUCUACGGUCACAUGAUUCCAAUAUUGGAUUUUGCUAAACGGUUAUCUACACAUCAUCAUGUUACUUAUAUUGUAUCAGCAUCGAAACUUGAUAUGCUUCGACGACGUGGAUUUAUUGAAGAAAAUGAAAAUGAAAAUAAUAAUUCGAUUCGAUCAAAAUUAAAUGUUAUUGGUUUAUUUGAUGGUAAUACUAAUGAUUAUGAAGCUACCAAUUUCGAAGCUCUCAAUCACAUUCAACAAAUACUCGAUCGAAUGCAUAAACCACUUCGAAAAUUACUCUUCCCCACACAUACCAGAUCGAGCUCAUCAACGUCUUCACCAUCUGUCUCGUUCGCAACUGGUCUUAUUCAACAUCCUAUUGAUUUAAUCAUUUCUGAUCUUUUUAUUUUACCACCUGUUUGGGAAGGUCAACAAAGAAAUAUCAUGGCUUAUCUUUUUGUACCCAACAAUUUGUUGGCUUAUUUGGGUUAUAUGAGUGCAUCUGUGGCGAAGAUCAAAAGUGGUGAAUUAGGUUUAGAUUUCGAUCGUCUAUUACACAAAACAAUUUCUGUUGCUAAAGGACUUAUUUGUAAUUCGAUUCGUGAAUUGGAUAAACAAUCUCUAGAAGAUUUACGUCAACAAACUGUACCUGGUUCGAAUAGACCCAUUUUCUUUGUAGCACCACUCAUGUCCGACGAUCUUAAUCAACAACAACAUAUCCCUAAUGCUGGUAGUAUCACAAAAUGGUUAGAUGAACAAUAUGAGAAAGCAAAUCAGAAACCAUCCGUGAUUUAUGUCAGUUUCGGUUCAUGGGCAUAUCUUGAACCUGUGCAAAUUAAAGAAAUUGUUCGUGCACUCAAACCAUAUCCUUUCAUCUGGGCAUUAAAAGCGAAUUUGCAAACAUCUAUUUCUCCUUCGUGGAUUGAUAAAGAACGACAUUUACUCCUUGAAUGGGCCCCACAACGAUUGAUUCUUUCGCAUCCUGCAAUACGUUUGUUUAUCUCACAUGGUGGUUGGAAUAGUUUGCUUGAGGGUAUGUCAGCAGGAAAGCCAACACUUAUCUGGCCUUUAUUUGGCGAUCAGAUUAUAAAUGGAGAGCGAUUAGACUAUGAACUUGGUAUGGGUCGAUGCUUACAAAAUACUGCUCUGACAAAUGGUCAUAAACAUGUAUCAAGUGACGAACUUGGACGAUAUAUAAAAGAAAUAUUUGAUCAAGAAACGAAUUAUGUUCGAAAAGCUCAAAAAGUUAAACAGAUGAUGAUGCGUGCACGGGACAAUAGUUCACAAGUGGAUAUCAUGAAGAUUAUCAAAAUUGUUGAUAAUCAAAUAUCUGUUCGAAUGAAUCAUCGCAGCGAACUAUAG